CGACUGAUCCGAUGGGCCCAGACUGCGAGGUUCCUAACGACCGUUCACCUUAUUCUUGACGUCACACACACACACAUACACCAACAUCGUGACUUCAUUAUCAUUAUGUUUCUCUCUUGGCUCUCGUUUUACGAAAAAUCUUCAAGAAAAAUUGUUGUCACGAAAUCUUUCUCUCUUUUCGUGAUAAAAAAAAAUUGCUGAGUAAAAAGAAAUACACUUAGAAUUAUUCUAUUUUGCUUAUGAAAGAGCGGGGCAAAAGCCGCUAAUUUAACGUAUAUUUCUAAAUAUUUUUGUUAUUACAUCAUCAGUAGUAAAGUGGUGGAGGUUUAUUUUUGCUGGUGAGUCACAGCCAAUCAGAACCAUAUCGACAUUGUAUAGCAGAUUUUAUCUUGGACAAAAUUUGACCACAAUAUUCAUCGAACGAUACUACAUACUUAUGACCCAGAAUGAAGUGAUAUAAUUUCCGAUUAGUUCAGUGAGUGGAAAAAUUAUCACUAUAGAACUGGUGGUGCAACGGAGCACUAUAAGCAGCUCAUUUGGAGUACAACGUAUCUCAUUGGUUGUGGAUACGCUCUUUAUACUACGACUCACAAAGAGAAGGAUACAUUAAAAACUAGUGGCAAUAUCCCAGGAUAUGAACCUUACUAAUCUAGUUCUGAUGCAUGUUAUGGAGACGUUUCAAGUUAUUGGUCAGGUCUUUAUUGUAGAGCUGGAGGAUUAACGUGCCAAGACAAGCAAACCAUUCUAGACGAACAUAAUCGACUUCGUCAGAUGGUGGCAUUGGGACAAAUUCAUGGUCAACCCGGAGCAGUUAAUAUGAUGGAGAUGAUUUGGGACGAUGAAUUGGCAAUAGUUGCACAAAAAUGGGCUGACAAUUGUCCGGACACUCAUGACACGUCUCGAGAUGUUCGGAGAUUUGCUGUUGGACAAAAUAUUGCCAGAACUUGGACAACAAGGCCCCCUGGACCCUACGAUUCGGAGCCAAAUUGGAGGCGACGAAUUUUCGGUUGGUUCAAUGAGGUGCAAAAUUAUAACACUGGUUUCAGUCGCUCAACGGGCCACUAUACACAGCUCGUUUGGAGUGAAACUUUCCUCGUUGGUUGUGGAUACUCUUUUUACUACGACCCAGCUAGAGGAUACACCAAAAACUACGUCUGCAAUUACGGUCCAAGUGGCAAUGUCGUAGGAUUUAAACCUUAUCAAUCUGGUGAACCGGCAUGUAAUUCUUUUGGAAUGUCAUUUUCAAAUCGUUAUUCCGGUCUUUGUUCCCACGGAUCUUACUAUCAUCUAGGAGCCUACUGUGCUUACGGUUAAAAAAAAAAUGAGAAUCCUGUCUCAUGAAAUCGACCAGAAAAGUCGCUUGGAAAGGUUCAACAUCAAAGCAAACUUCGUUAAGACAAGAUGAGAAAGAAAAUCUUACUUUGUAACUCUUUGGAUGUAGUCGCACAAAGAAAUGAUAAAAAAAAAAAAAGAAACAACACUAAUAACAGAAAAAAAAUUUUGUUAAAAAGAACAAAAAAAUCUUAUUAAAUUAAUUUUAGAUAAAAAUAUUUAUUUCAAUUAAUUAAAUUAUCGAGCAAAUAAUAUUUUUGUAAAUUUAAAUAUAUUUUAAGAUUCAAUAUUUAUUAUUCAAUGAAAAAAAAAAAAUGUUACACGACGAAAAAAGAAAAACUAUUUUCGUAGAAUAAUUGCAAAAUGACGCAAGAUUCGACCCAUUUUUAUCUUUCUUCUUUGUAGAGACUAUUAUCAAAAAUUAAUUAGCAAUAUUUUCUUUUCCACAAACGCUUCUAGUCUUUAGAUUUAU